CAGCAUCGAAUUCUCGCUCGCACACUCUCUUUCCUCAGCGAAAGCUACUCUCUUCACCAUCACAUAUUCACUUUUAUUUUUUAAAUACUGUAAUUAAUAAAUAAAUGAAACAAAUCUCCCAGUACCAGUCGUUACUCUUUACUCAUUGCUCAUCCAAGAGGAAGAAGUGAGAAGAAGUGAAUCAUUUAUAUUUCUCCAUUUUUUUGUUGUUGUUGUUCGUUCUCUGUUUGCCGCUCAUUGGUCUGCAGAUCGAAUCGAUCUCAAAGGCAUCAUUUUCUUUCUUUUGUAGCUGCCACAUGGCAAUAUAGACCAGAUAACCAUAUGUUACAACAACGAGGCAUUUUCGAGCUUGGUGUAUCAGAUGAUUUGUAGUAUCUAUAUUAUGCUUGCUCAGUGCCAUUAUGGGCAUCUGUCUGAUGAAACGUCAAUGGCCAUGGCUGCUUCACGUUCUAGUCUUUUUUAUCCUAAUAAACAGAAUCAGAGCUAUCAGUCCUGAUGGAGAGGCACUUCUAAGCUUCCGGAUAGCAAUUGUUAGUUCAGAUGGUUUCCUUUCUCAGUGGAGACCAGAGGAUCCUGAUCCAUGCAAAUGGAAAGGGGUGACAUGUGAUAGUAAAACCAAGAGAGUGACGACUUUGAGCCUUACCAAUCAUAAACUGAGUGGUCCUAUAUCACCAGACAUUGGGAAGCUGGAGCAUUUGAGGCUUUUAAUGCUUCAUAACAACAACUUUUAUGGGGCAAUUCCUUCUGAGCUGGGUAAUUGCACAGAGCUGCAGGGAAUAUACUUGCAGGGAAAUUACUUAAGUGGAUUAAUCCCAAGUGAAUUGGGAAACCUAACUUCACUUCAGAAUCUGGAUAUCUCAAGCAACUCUCUCAGUGGACCUAUCCCUCCUUCACUUGGGAAGUUAGAUAAGCUCGUUACAUUUAAUGUGUCAAACAAUUUUCUGGUUGGGCCUAUACCAUCACAAGGUGUAUUCAGCAACUAUACAUUGAGCUCUUUUGUUGGAAAUCGUGAUUUAUGUGGAAAGCAAAUCAAUGUGGCAUGCAAAGAUGACAGUGGAGGAGCUACAACAAAUUCCCAAUCUCCUACUUCAGCUCAAAAUCCAGCUGGGAAAAAGAAAUACUCUGGAAGGCUUCUCAUUAGUGCAUCAGCAACCGUGGGAGCACUGCUUUUGGUGGCACUUAUGUGUUUUUGGGGUUGCUUCCUAUAUAAGAAGUUUGGUAAAAAUGAGGGCAGAACUCUUGCUAUGGAUGUCAGCGGAGGGGCAUCAAUUGUUAUGUUUCAUGGAGACUUGCCAUACACAUCGAAAGACAUCAUAAAGAAAUUGGAAACUUUGAAUGAGGAACACGUUAUAGGCACUGGGGGCUUUGGGACAGUAUACAAGCUUGCAAUGGAUGAUGGUAAUGUUUUUGCUUUGAAACGAAUUGUGAAGAUGAAUGAGGGAUUUGAUCGUUUUUUUGAGAGAGAGCUUGAAAUUCUUGGAAGCAUAAAACACCGGUACCUAGUAAACUUGCGAGGAUAUUGUAAUUCACCUACAUCGAAGCUGUUAAUUUAUGAUUUCUUGGCUGGUGGUAGCCUUGAUGAAGCUCUUCAUGAACGAUCUGAGCAGUUAGACUGGGAAGCACGCUUGAACAUUAUUAUGGGAGCAGCAAAAGGACUGGCCUAUUUACACCAUGAUUGUUCUCCUAGGAUCAUACACCGUGACAUAAAGUCCAGCAACAUUUUACUUGAUAGCAACUUGGAGGCUCGAGUAUCAGACUUUGGACUUGCCAAACUGUUAGAGGAUGAAGAAUCCCAUAUUACAACCAUUGUUGCAGGAACUUUUGGUUAUUUGGCUCCAGAGUAUAUGGCAAGUGGGAGAGCAACUGAAAAGACAGAUGUCUAUAGUUUUGGGGUCUUGGUGCUUGAAGUCUUAAGUGGAAAGAGACCCACUGAUGCAUCUUUCAUUGAAAAGGGCCUCAACAUUGUUGGCUGGUUAAACUUCUUGAUCACAGAGAAUAGGCAACGAGAGAUUGUAGAUCCAAAUUGUGAGGGGGUGCAGGUGGAAAGCCUUGAUGCGUUGCUCUCAGUUGCUAUCCAGUGUGUUUCUUCAAGCCCAGAGGAUCGACCCACCAUGCACAGGGUGGUCCAGUUGCUUGAAUCUGAAGUGAUGACCCCUUGCCCAAGUGAUUUUUAUGAUUCCAAUUCUGAUUGAAUAGCUGAAGCUGAAAGUGAAAAUGCUGGUCUCUCUCACAAUUUACAGAAGUAAUGCAAGCAUUAAAUGACGGCUUGAAAUCGGCACAGCUUCACUUGUUCAUCUUGUUAAUUGGUUGUGCAGAUUUAUUCAAGUUUGAAGGUGCGCCACUUGGUUUACACCCCAUUGACCUCAAUCUUGUUCCUUGCAGUGUGUUCAUUUGGCUUGGCAUGGCAUGGCCACGUAAAUGGAACCUCCGCUUGUGGUACGAGUCAUUUAAUUGUCCCUGUCCCUUUUCGUUUUUUGUUUUUGAUUUAUGAAAUCUGUAAUCUCCUUAUGCAUUUUCUCCCAAAUUGAAGUGUAUAUGACCCAACAUGUAUAAAUUGAGAAUAUAUUUUAAAUGCCUUUUGGCAGAUCCCUGUUGUUUAUGAGUCAUUUUUGUAAAGUGUUGUAUGUUUUAUUACGGUAAUAAGUUGGAUGGAUGAGGGCUGAUUUAUUAUUGUGCUCA